AAUAUUCACAAGAAAAAAAACAUCCCAAAGUAAUUUUGUUCUACUACUACAUUUUCUUCACACACAAUUGUCACCAAAAAACAUCAUGGCCGAAGAAAAGAAACAUCACUUUGGUGGUCUCUUUAACCACCACAAGAACAAAGAGGAAGACACCCCCAUUGAGAAAACUACAUAUGAAGAAACAACCUAUGAAGACAGUGAAAAAACUAGCACUUAUGGAGACAACACAUAUGGUGAAAAAACUAGUUAUGGUGAUGAUACAUAUGGCCAAAAAACUACCACAUAUGGAGAGGACAAUAAAUAUGGUGAGAAAACAAGUUAUGGUGAGGGAGAUGACUACAAAUAUGGUGAGAAAACUAGUUAUGGUGAUGGAGAUGACAACAAAUAUGGUGAGAAAACUAGUUAUGGUGAGGGAGAUGACAACAAAUAUGGUGAGAAAACUAGUUAUGGUGAUGAUACAUAUGUCGAAAAAACUAACACAUACGGAGAGGACAAUAAACAUGGUGAGAAAACAAGUUAUGGUGGGGGAGAUGAAAACAAGUAUGGUGAGAAAACUAGUUAUGGAGAGAAAGCUAGUUAUGGUGGAGGAGAUGACAACAAAUAUGGUGAGAAAACAAGUUAUGGUAAUGAGGAAGGUGGCUAUGGUGUAGGAGUUGGUGCCUACUCAUCUGAGACUACUACUAAUUAUGAAGAGAAUGAUGAUAGUGAAACCAAAACGUCUGAGGAUUACAAGGAAGAGAAGAAACAUCACAAGCAUCUUGAAGAACUUGGGGGACUUGGAGCUGUUGCUGCUGGUGCCUUUGCUUUGCAUGAGAAGCACAAGGCAGAGAAAGAUCCGGAGCAUGCACACAAGCACAAGAUAGAGGAAGAGAUAGCAGCAGUAGCUGCAGUUGGUGCUGGUGGAUUUGCAUUCCAUGAACAUCAUCAGAAGAAAGAAGCAAAGGAAGAAGAGGAGGAAGCUGAGGGAAAGAAGAAGCAUCAUUUCUUCUAAUUAAUUCACUUGUCAUAAUAUAUAGUAUAUAUUUACCUCUCUUUGUUGUGUGCUGAUCAAUCUAUCCUUUAAUUAAUACGUACUCAGCAUGCACCUAAAUAAUUUGUAUGUGUGUUACAGUACUCUUGUCUUUGAUGUUGUGCACCUACUUUAAUUUGCAUGAGUGUGAAUAAUACUACGUAUAUUGUUUUUCUUAAA